GGUCGUGUUGAAUAACUGUCAAACAUCGUCACUUAGGUAUAAAAGAAGGUGAAACUCGAUGGAAAUUCAGCAGACUUGCCUUCCUCAUUUCUUCUGCAACAACCAAGCGGUUCCUUCUCCACGAAAAAACAUGAAAUUCUCGGCUUCAGCAGCUCUUUUCCUGGCCGUUUGUUUGGUCUAUGUUCAUGCGGAUGAACGUCGUGUUCCGUCGCAUGGAGGACAUCUACCACUUCCAUAUCGGCCGCCUUCUUACCACGUCAAACCCCAUCCUCCCAAGCCCUAUCGUCCUCAGCCUUACCAUCCCAAGCCCCAACCUCCUUUGCCUUACCAUGCUAAGCCCAUCCAUCCUUUGCCAUACCACCCUAAACCCCAACAUCCUUUACCUUACCGUCCAAAGCCCCAACACCCAACACCUUACAAGCCCAAGCCUCAACAUCCCAAGCCUCAACAGCCCUCGACUCACCGCCCAAAGCCUCAGCGCCCCAAUCGUCCGUGGGUGAUGCACCCCCAACCAGAAAACACCAACAUCAAUAUUAAUCGCAACGAGAACAGCAAUGCAAACAUCAUCUUUGCAGACCUUUUCUCUCAACUACUCGCCAACGGAGAGGACCCAUGUCUUUUUGAUAUGGACUGCUUCGAUAAGAAAUUGAAAACUAAAGAUGUUGUUGUUGAGGCAAAGGCCAACGAGACCGAAGAACAAAAGGCUGCUACCAUCAAAGACACCGAGGCUGCCAUCACCAAUGACACCGAGGUUGCCAACACCAGCGAAACCGAAGAUGCUACCACCAAUGACAUUGAGGCUAUUAUCAACACUGAAGCCGAGGAUGCUGCCACUAGUGACGACGGGGCUAGCCUGGAUCAAACUGAGCAGACCGAAGAAGAGGAUGCCGUCGUUGUGGAACCACGCCAGGAAAGCGAAGCCGAGGAAGACGAUGGUAUGGCGAUGUUUUAAUUAUUCCAGAUUCUAUUUUUCAAGCCGUGUACACCGUUCAACGAUGACGACGCAAAACCAAACCGCUGAAUACUGAACCCGGUUAA